CCAAUACAGCAAGACUUGUCUCCUGAGAGUCUUGACUCUCUCUCUUACCAGUUACCAUUUAUCCUGAUCAAUCAUCAAAACACAGAUCUUUUCUUUGGCAGUGAUCAUGGCUUGUUUCAUGUCCUUUCUGAUAUUUCUCUCUUAUCUUUUCUCCCACAACACUGCUACAUCCAGUUCCAUUUACUACCUUAAUUCAACCCUUCCUUCCACUUGGUACAACAACGAUUCAAUCAACACAACCCCCAAUGGUGCUGAUGGAUCCAAAGUAAGACCACUGCUCUCAACCAAACAGACCGUUGGUUUUGCUUGUGGAUUCUACUGCAUCAACGCUUGCACAGAUUACUUGUUCUCGGUGGUGGUGAUCCGCGGAGGCAAUCAUAGUGUCGUCUGGUCAGCAAACACAGAACAUCCGGUCAAAGAAAACGCAAAACUGCAACUCACCGGAGACGGCGGUUUAGUGCUGCUAGAUUCUGAUGGACCAUACAGGUGGUCAACAAACACGUUGAACAAAUCUGUAGCGGGAAUGAACAUGACUGAAUGGGGCAAUUUGGUUCUGUUUAACGACAGAGGAGCUAUUGUUUGGCAGUCCUUUGACCACCCAACUGAUACAUUGCUCCUCGGCCAGCGUUUAUACGAGGGUAAACAACUCAUUUCCCACAUUUACUAUGUCAAUUUCUCAUCCGUCGACGGUUUUGCUGCAUACACCAGAGAUGACAAGGGGCAGUCACAGAUGUAUUAUCAGUUGGCGCCAGAAGAGAACUCAACAGUUACCCAAAGCUCAUCAAGAGGCAGUUGUAGGCUUUUGAUGAGAGAAGAGGAAGACAAUAGCUCGAGCACUAAUGACACCUCAAAUUAUCCCCAACUUCAGAGUGGAGGGUUCUUUGUGAAUUGGGGAGCAUCUCAAGACUUAUCUGGAUCAAGCCCCUUCGAAUUGCCGGCACUAAGACCAUACAUUGAGUAUAUAAAGCUUGAUAGCCACGGACACUUGAAGAUAUACAGGCACACCAAUGAAAGUGGAAUGAGUGAGGUUAUUGAUGUUGUUACCCGAGAUCUUGGCGUAUGUCAGCAUCCACGUCAAUGUGGGAAAUAUGGGUUGUGCAGGGAAGGCAAAUGCAGCUGUCCAGUAAAUCAGACUCAAUUUGAGUCCCGGACUCAAUUUCAGUCCCCUGAUGAUGGUUGCUCGAGGACUACUCCAUUGUCUUGCCAGCGUCCCCUCCGCCAGGAACUUGUUCCAGUAAGAAAUGUUAGCUACUUCAAUAUCAUUGAUUCAAAUGCUGCCUUUCCGAAUAUCACAGAUAUAGAAGGAUGCAAACAGGCCUGUAGGCAAAAUUGUUCCUGUGGUGCAGCCUUUUUCAGGUAUGACAACAACAACGUCUCGGAUGGGUAUUGUUAUAUGCCAUCUGAGGUCUUGACAAUGAGGGAAGGCCAAAUUCCAAAUCAUAAUUUCUCAUCCGACGCAUACAUUAAGGUUCAGAUUCCGAACAAGGCACCAACUAAUACACUAGCAAUAAUAUUAGGGUCUAUUUCUGGUGCCCUUGUGAUGUUUUGUUUCUUAGUUGCUGUUAUAUUCCGGGUGAAAUGGACGAAGACUAAUACCGAAGAUGAGGAAGAAGACUAUAUCAUGCAAGUUCCGGGGAUGCCAGUGAGUUUUUCCUAUGAAGAACUACGCAUUGCAACAGAGGAUUUCAAGGAGAAACUCGGGGCAGGAGGAUUUGGGUCGGUAUUCAAAGGAACGCUGAGGGACGGUACUGAGAUUGCAGUGAAGCGGUUGGAUAAAAUGGGGCACGGUGUGAAGGAGUUCUUAGCUGAAGUUGUAACAAUCGGAAGCAUCCAUCAUUUUAAUUUGGUGAGGUUGAUUGGAUUUUGUGCAGAAAAAUCUUGCAGGCUUCUGGUAUAUGAAUAUUUGAGCAAUGGGUCUCUGGACAAUUGGAUUUUCUACAGAGACGACAAACCUUGUCUAGAUUGGCAAACCCGAAAGAGGAUUAUACACGGCAUAGCCAAAGGGUUAGCUUAUCUACAUGAAGAAUGCAGACAGAGAAUCAUUCAUCUUGACAUAAAGCCACAAAACAUUCUCUUGGAUGAAAAUUUCAAUGCCAAAAUAUCCGAUUUUGGGUUAUCUACGCUAAUGGACAGAGAUGAAAGCCAAGACCUUUUCGCAUCGAGGGGAACUCCCGGAUAUAUUGCUCCGGAGUGUGGAAAAUCAAGAAUCACCAUAAAAGUUGACGUAUAUAGCUUUGGAAUUGUUCUUAUUGAAGUAGUUUCUGGAAGAAGAAAUUUGGAUAGAAGUCGGUCAGAGUCUAGCAAACAUCUACUCGGAUUGUUGCAGAGGAAGGCCGCAGAAGAUCAACUCCUUGACAUUGUCGAACAUUUGGAUGAUGAGGUACAAGGCCAUAGAGAAGACGUGGUGAGACUGAUUAAGAUUGGAGCUUGGUGUUUGCAAGAUGAUCACACAAAAAGGCCUCUUAUGUCCACUGUGGUGAAGGUUUUGGAAGGAGUAAUGGAGGUCGAUUCAGACAUCAGUUACAAGUUCGCUCAUGCAAUGGCAUCUUCUUCUGUGGUCAAUGAUCAUGUUUCUACAGCUCCACAGGCAUCUGUUCUUUCAAACCCUAGAUGAAAGAAUGGCUUGGUAUGCAAAUAAAGUCUGUGCCUUCCAAAAUUCUUUCACUGAAUUGUAUGCAAAACCAAAUUCAUGUAAUUUGUGAUGAAGAAUGUUUUUAAUUUGUUUCUACGAUGUUGUUUUUAGAAAUAUAAAUUCCAAUUGAGCAAAAAACACUUGGUUGUUUUUAAA